ACCACGGAGGUAUUGUUUACACACCAUCUGCAGUAGUGUGCUGCUCCCAGAAGAAUAGGCACUGACAUAUAUUUAUGCAGAGUGAUCGAGAUAUACUCCAUUGAUAGCAACCAGGAUGACAACAGCACAAUAGUGUUGGCAACCUGCAUGUGUUCCAGUUCCCACACGCUGGAUCUCACAGCAUCCUAACACAAAGAUGAGGAUACAGGGACAGCCUGAGGGCGUGAGGAGGCGCCUGGAUUUAAAUGCAAUCGGUGAGCUCAGGGGCGUGGAGGUUAUCCGGAGUCGGGCUGGAUAUGGCUUUACUAUAUCGGGACAGAGGCCGUGUCUGUUGAGUGGCAUCCUGGAGGGAAGCCCUGCUGACCUGGUAGGACUUAAACAAGGGGAUCACAUCAUGGCAAUUAAUGGAACUGACGUAUCCGCUGCUGCGCAUGAGACUGUGGUGCAGUUGAUUGGCAGCUGCAAAGGACCUUUGCAUUUGGUGGUUCAUGCAGAAAGCCGAAUCAUGGGAAACCCUAUCCUUAAUGAUGAAAAAUUUAAUGAUGGUCGGAAAAGUGGAAUUUACCAAAAGGCACCUGUUCUUCGCACUAUCUCGGAUGACUCAAGCAAUUCAUCAUUUAACUCAAGUCUGCCUGUCAACAACAAACAGAGGCCGGUGUCAGAGCCUGAUAUGUCCCAGUGGGCACAGAACUGGAACUCUUUUGCUGAUCAGCCAAAGCAGGUAACAUACAGAGUUGGAGACACUGACUCUGUGUUCACGGACACAGAAGAAGUAAAUCCUGAAUGGAGUAUUUUGAACAUGACAUUGGUGGUGGGCUACCUGAGCUCCACAGAGCUCAUUUUAAACACUACAGAAACAGAAGAGGACUGUUUGAAAGCGAUCCGGGAGCGGAUACGACAGCUAGGAACAGAGCAGAGUACCCACACACUUGUGAUGAUGAAGAUCAUGUUUGACUGUGUUCGACUUUGCGAUGAUGCAGGAGCUGUUUUAGCAGCCUUUCCCACUGAGAACCUUGUUUUAGGGGCUGUUUGUGCUGAAGACCCCCGUUUUUUUUGCUUGGUCACUACAGCACAUAUAAUAAAUGGUCAAGUACCCGAGGAUGGUCCCCUGAGGGCCUCCUGCCAUGUUUUCUUUGUCGACCCAGAGCUAGGAAACCAUCAGGACCAUGUAGGCAUUGCUGGACGGUUUUGCUUCAACUGCACCCCAGAUCCAGACGCUGAAGGCUGCCUGGAAUUCCCUCAGACACCCCCUGAUGUUCUUCACUUUGUCACAGUCCUGUACAGCGACAUGGGGGAGGCCGUAGAGAGGCUUCGGGUCAGACUCGAUUUUGAAGCUCAGCAGCAAGCCAAGGAAAAUGGCAGCACCGGCAAACAAGGCAGCGCCAGCAGCAAUGGGGACAGUGGAAUUGGAAAUGCAUCACCCCCUGAGGAGAGAGCAGAUAGAGAUUUCCCUUCUCCAAUCCAAACCCAUCCUGGGGCCCACCUCCCCAGCUGUCCGUGGGAUUAUCCUGCGUCUGGAGACCUCACCCCAAUAAACCUCACAAAGAAUGGCCAAAAACCUAAUCCAGAGACCAAUGGCAGCACACAUUCCCUUUCAGAGUCUCUACCUGGUCCUGACUCUCUAACCAGCUUUUAUGGAGGUCCCCCACCCAGGCUCAAGUUCCAGUUCAAGCCCCCGCCCCCUCCUCUGCCUUUGAGUAAAAAAACAAACUUCUUUGCAGACCCUCUCAGAGGUAGUCAAAGGUGGUUCUCAAAGCCAAAGGUGCAAAAAGCACAAAGUAGUGAUCUUUUACCUCAGGUGACGACCAAUUGCAACAACUGGUCUUCUAGCAUAAGCCACAGUGCUAGCACAAAUAACCUGCCUCCCCCAAUGAGCCAGAUCCCCCCCAACAGGUACCGGUCAGCAGAGGUCAUGAUGAUGCCUCCCCGAGAGGAAUGGACAAAACAGUUUCUUGAGCAGAGAGAAAAACAGCGGAAAGAUGUUAAUACUAAAAAUGGCUCCAGGUUCUGGGGUAUGGGUGUUGGCCGUGCUUCUAAACGCCGCUCAUCCAAACGUCUCAGCCUGGCAAGAUCACUGGAUGACCUUGAGUCGGCUGCUUCCUCAGAUGGCGACUACAGUGGAGUCCAGUUGCAGGGAUGCUGCAGCCAGAGCAGCUUGAACAGUAAUGGCAGCCUUCCAGGAGCAGGCAGCCACAGAGGGCUUCCAGAGCAGCGCGUGGCCAGCUGGGCCGGCUGCUUCGAGCGGCUCCUGCAGGAUCCAGUGGGUGUGCGCUACUUCUCGGAAUUUCUCAAGAAAGAAUUCAGUGAGGAGAAUAUCUUGUUCUGGCAGGCCUGUGAAUACUUCAGUCAUGUCCCUGCAACUGAUCAAAAACAGCUGUCCCAGCGAGCUGGAGAGAUCUACAACAGCUUCCUCUCCAGCAAGGCCACAAUGCCGGUCAACAUCGACAGCCAGGCCCAGCUGGCUGAUGAUGUCCUCACCUCCCCGUGGCCCGACAUGUUUAAGACACAGCAGCUACAGAUAUUCAACCUGAUGAAGUUCGACAGUUAUUCCAGAUUCCUCAAGUCCUCCCUUUACCAAGAGUGUAUGCGCGCUGAGGUGGACGGUCGACCCCUGCCGGACCCUUAUCACAUUCCCUGCAGUCCUGCACCCUCCAAACACAGCGCCAGCUCUGACCGCUCCACCCUCUCCACCCCCAAAAAGGAGGCCAGAAAGCAGAGGUCAGGGAGGUCCCUGAAUGAAGACAGCAGAGAUGAGAGCGCCGACAAGAAACGGGGCAUCUUCUUCUCGUGGUCACGCAACAGGAGCUUCGGAAAGGGGCCAAAGAAAAAAGACAUAGGAGACAUUAACCUUGACUACUGGGGCAGUAAUGGGCGGAGGGAGUCCCAGGGCUCCUUGUCAUCUGGUACCAGCCUGGAGAUGGCCACUUCCUGCUCUGCUGGCAAGAUUGAGGCUGAUAAUCGCCACUCAGUUUCAGUAUGGGAACUCCCGAAACACUGCAGCGUGGUGCUACCAGACGGUUCUUGCUCUUCCAUCACUCUUCGGCCCGGUGCUUCAAUCAGAGACGUCCUUCAGGAUCUCUGCCACAAUAUCAACGUCAACAUUGCUGCUGUCGACCUCUUCCUGGUGGGAGGGGAGAAGCCUUUGGUGUUGGACCAGGACUGUUUGACCCUCAGCGCACGAGAACUGAGACUGGAGAAGCGGACUCUCUUUAGAUUGGACCUGGUACCCAUUAACCGCUCCGUGGGACUAAAGGCCAAACCCACUAAGCCAGUUACAGAGGUCCUUCGUCCCGUUGUGGCCAAAUACGGCCUCCACCUUAGCGAUCUUGUGGCCAAAAUUAGCGGAGAAACUAAGCCUUUGGACUUGGGGGCCCCCAUAUCGAGUUUGGAUGGCCUGCGGGUAGUUUUGGAGCGAGCAGACCCAGCUUCAAGCAAAGACAAAUCCAAGUCUUCCUCCUUAAAGGGCCACCCUCCAACCAGGAGCUUUUCUGCUACAGGAGAUGAGAGGUCAACACCAAAGGACUUUUCUGUGAGAGCAAGUGGACCAGACUCAGGACUCCCAGGGGAAAAGAGAAAACAGAAAAAGAUUAAUAUAGAUGAAGCCGAAGAAUUCUUUGAGCUGCUGAGUCGCGCACAGAGUGCCCGAGCCAAUGACCAGCGCGGACUCCUGAACAAAGACGACUUGGUUCUUCCUGACUUCCUGCGCCUCUCCCCCCCUGAGCUGGCCUGCUCCACUCCAGAGUCCCUAAAACAAACCCGGGAGAAUGGCAUCUCCUCACGGGGCGCUCUAUCUUCCAGUCUUCGUUCAGAGAGUCUGGACUCCUCGCUCAGCUCCAGCGCCAACGGACACACUGCGACCAGGCGCUGCCUCUUACCCCCUCCACGGCACCCAACUUUUGGCACCCACCUGUCCCCCAUCUCCCGACCUCUAGACACCCGGCCAAGCCUCCGCACUGUAGAGGAGGACACCCACAACGACCUAACCCUAGUAGGGGAGGGCGACAUCAACAGCCCCAACAGCACCCUGCUGCCGCCUUGCCCGUCCCCGAGGCGGUCCUUCGAGAGCAGCAUGCCUGAAGCCAACUUCACCCCGCCGCCACCUUGCUCUGAGUCUCAAGACUCUGGAGCAGAGGGAAAGUCCAGCUCAGAGGGAAAAACGGACCCCAGCUCCAACAACAAAUCCCCCAGCGAAAGAACCGACGCUGCACUGACGGUUCAGGACGUGGACGGGGUACAUCUGGAGGAGGGAACACAGGCGAGGUCCCAGGAAGAGGACUCUGAGCUCAGUCUGAGCUUCCACGGCUACGUAGCUGAGCUGCGGCAGUGCCAGAGCAAGAUGAGGAGCGCUCAGAUGCCACAAAACGGCCGUAACCCACCGGAGGGCACGGACUGUCAGACAGACCUUUUCAAGGCCACUGUUGUCUAAAGGGAACCCCCCCCCCCCCACUGCUGCACUUUUAAAGCCUGAGGCACUGACUUUAGAGAGGGAACGAGUCAAACGAUGGGCUGCAUGUACAAAGCAGUCUAUUUACACUCCAAAAAAGAUCGAUAUCAUGGUGAUAGAUAUUGUAUAUUUGUUAUGAAUUAUGGCGUCUUGUUGUUGAUUUCUAGUACUGGUUGUCAUUUUGGGACAGUGAUGUUUUUUGUUAUUGUAUAGUUUAAUUAAGAGGUACAAAACAAUUCUAUUAAAAGCCAUGUUAGACCGAGGACAACCAUGGAAGAAGACUGUAAUGGGAUUUUUUUUGUACCAUGUUCUAGUAAGGCAAAGAUUGUAUAAGGUUCAUAAGCAGGUUUUAAUUAUGUUUUUAAUUUAGCUUGAUGAAAUAUGAUUUUUUUUAAAAAGCUAACUAAAAGGUCAGCUGCAUUAGCAAAGGGAAUUGACAAUUCAUUAUCCUUUGAAUUACAAUUAAAGAGAACACAGUAAUUUUAAAAAUAACAACUCUAAUUAAAGACACGAGUUUGACAGAAUGUUCUUCACUCCAGUAAUUACUCAACUUAAUGAGUGCUUGUUUUCCACUGAGGAAGAUGCAGCUGAAAGCUGUUGAAAAUCAAUGGACGAUAAAUUGGUUGAUUUUGUUACAAGAGCUGUUAAUAACAACUUUAAAUGUAAAGACUUUGUGAAGUUUAAUUUAAUCAUGUUGCUAGCUUCUUUCCCUGCUGGAAAUGAAGGCUGUGACAUGUAGUUCAAACCUACAGAAAACCUGUCAUGUAUACCUGAAAUUUUAACAUUUUACAAAACUACUUGCCCCAUUAGAAAGUGGUACCUGCUUUUGUUGAACUAAAUGCUCAGCAGGACUAUUUUUUUAGGAUCAAAAGGGAGUCAAUUUUAUUUUUCCUUGGAUAUUUACCUAUUUCUGGUUUACAUCUCUUUCCUGUGUUUUUCAGAUCAUGCAUAAUUGGUACCUCUGUUGCCUGUACUUCUUGCUUCUGUGGUUUUGAGGUUGUCAACAUGUCGAAUGAUUAAAAAAAGCUUUGAUGGCUGCUUCCAACAAAAAGGA